GGCAGCCGCGGGUGUGCAGAGGGGGAGUGCGGCGUAGUAGAGCAUUGAUCCGCAUCGAUCUCUCAUUGGCGCGUUGGCGGCACCGCCCCCUCCCUCCGCAGCACGUGGCGGGCGGGCUGGUUGGUUUGAACCGAGGGAGCCGUGCGCAUGGAGCCGGGCGGGGAGGGGCAGCUUUGCGCCCGCUUGCCGGCAUAAAUAGCAGCCAGGCGCGGCUCCGGAGUCAAAUCGCAAUCCUCCCUCGUGUCUGAUCGUUUACCAGCCGCUGAACAAACCGAACCCAGGAUGGACGCUGAAGACUGUCCCUGCGUUAGUGGUGGUCUGUGCACCUGUGGCAACAACUGUCAGUGCAAAAAUUGCAAGUGCAAAUCGUGCAGAAAAAGUUGCUGUUCCUGUUGCCCGGUUGGCUGUGCCAAGUGUGCCCAGGGCUGUAUCUGCAAAGGGCAGCCUGCCGCAAAGUGCAGCUGCUGCAAGUGAAUGUCCACUCGCUGUCCAAGCGAUUAUCUGUAUAUUUGAUUGCCUACCAGAAUGUAACCUUAUUGUUCAUUUCUAUAUGUGCCUGUGCGUUUUCUAGCAUUUAGAUGUAAAAAAAAAAUUAAGCAACUUGAAAAUAAAGAAAAGUGUGUGUGUGU